AUGGAAAUAGACAUUGAUGUGUACUUCUGGAUGGUAGAUAGAGGUCUGUAUGAUGAUGACCAAAGAAACAAAGUAGACAUGGAAAGAAACAAAGUUAAGCUUCACAGAGAGCACUAGCAAAAAUUUGAGAAUGCUUUCUAUAUUGGAAAAAUCAUGCUUCUUUUAAAAAAAUCAAUUAUGAAAAUUUCAAAGAAGCCAUUUACACUUGAUCCAGGUAUUUCCAAUCUCAAAGAUAAUAUUACCAGUAGCACAAAACAAAUGAACUGGAAUGUGGUUGCAAAGGAACUAAAGAAAUUCGGGAUUAGAGUUGAUGCGGACAAGAAAGCUAAGAUUAUUGAAGGCAGAUGGUAGUCAAUUAAUGAAAUACUUGGAAAAUUGUUUGACAUAGAUAAUGGGGGCAUUCAAUCUGGACGGUUUCAAGAUGGGAAUAUUUCUGAGAUUUUUAAUCUUAAUGACAGAGAAAACUCCAUAAAUGGCGCACUAAAUGUCACAAAUGUUCAUAAUGACUCAACUAAUGUCUCCAUUGAUGCUAACAAUACAUCAAUUCUGCUUAAUAACCCCAAAAAAGGCAAUUCAGGACAACUAGAGCCUAUUCCUAAAAAAUUGGGAUCAGUUUAAUAGUCAAUCUAAGAUGGAACAUCACUCUAAGCAUCUCCUUCAAAAAUAUAACUGUCAUCAUAGAAUUCUGUUAAUAAGAAAAUGCUAGCGAUUUCUAAUAGCGUGACUUCUCUCAAUGAUAUCAACGAAUCAAAGGACAUUGCAUUUUCAGAGACCACUUUAGAGUUCAUUUUACUUUCACUGUCAAGAAGUCUCUAAAUAAAACCAAAAUAAGCAGCAGGUUUACUAUCUAAUAACCACAAAUUUCUAGUUCACAUAGCAGUGAAAGGCAUGAAAGGAAACGAUUACACUAAGAUUUAGUAAUGGUAUCUAGAUAUAUACUAAAAUACCUAAUUGCUGAUUUAGUUGAUUGAUAAUGAGAAAGAUUAAAACGCCAUGAAACUUACUCUAAAUAUUUUGAAGUGCGGGCUGUUUUCCCAAAAUAUUGAUUUAGCUGUGAAUUGCUCUAGAUUAUUGUCAAAGAUUGGUUAAGAAAUAAACUAAAUAGGAGGGUAGCUAUAAGGUCUAGCCUGGGAUUGGCUAGUAAACUAGUCUGCUCCUGGACCAUCAAAUCUACCUAAUGAUUUAAGCAAUGUUUAAGUUCCAGAUUUUUCUCAAAAUAUAGAUAUCAAUAAUCCUGUCAAGGGCUAAGAUUAGCCUUUGAAUGAAUCUGGACUAUCUUCAUUAAUCUUUACUUACAAGAGAUUUUCGCUAGAUGGUGGAUUAAUAGAGCAUAUUACUCCUGUAUUAAUUCAUUUUAGCAGAAAUAAUCACAUGGAAUUGUUUUCCUUCCACCUUAAAAAUCAAUUUUCAAAUGAUAAAGGCUAAUUCUUAUCAUUUGUCCACGAAUUGAUGGUAUCACAUUCAAAAACUUCACUUUUCCGAGAUGCAAUUAUGAAUACCGGCAUAUUUGAUGAUUGGAUAAACAUGACUCUAAGGAUGGCUGAUUUCGAUGGGAUUAAUACUGUUAAUGAUAGAAUAGCUGCAGCUACCUUCCUAGCAGAUGUAUGGGAUUUAAAAUCUGAUUAAUUUGAGGAAGGUUUAAAUGGAGGAUCAGAUACAGCUCAGGCGAUACUAAGUGUUUUGAAAAAAGGUUGCAGAGAUAGAUCAAAGAUGCUCAGAGUUGUUUGCUUUGAACUAAUGUUUAACUUGCUGCAUGUAUUUGCUUCUGGAAGAAAUUAAUUCGCUCCAAUAAUCUAUAAAUCACUAACAUUCUUAUUGAUAGAAUUCCACUAGGAUAAUGAAACAAGAGAGUAAUUAAUGAGACACUUUGUCGCUUUAUUUCAGCAAAUUUAGACAAUACCAGUUGCAAUUAUAAGUGAACCUUUGAUAAAGCAAAUUGAGAUAUCAUAGAAUGGUGUAAACACACUGCAAAUAGCACUAACGUAGAAUCCGAACCCAUCCUACGUAUUUAAUGUAUUUGACUUUGAAUUUUUCAAUGUUGUUGUUCAUCAUAAAAGAGUAAACCUUGCAACUUCACUUUAAGUUGUAGACCUCCUGAUAAAUAUUGCGACCAGCAACAUCUUUUUUGCUAAUACUUCAAUCUCAAUAAUACUUGAAGUUAUUCAUAAGUUUAGUAGAGACCCGACGAUGCACACUUAAUUUUCCCAAAUAACUAAAACUUAGAUUUAGAUGUUGGAGGAUUCUGAAAAAUUCAAAUAAAAACUGGACUUGCAAAAGAAAAAGUAAAGGGAAGCAAGAGAAAAAUAGUUACAAGAAACUAUUAAUAAGAAUAAGACUAAUAAGUAUGUGGCAAAGAAAAUUUAAGAAGAGGGAUAGAAGUAAUCUUAAGAUUAGGAUCAAGAACUAGAAGCUGCUUCUUUGGCGAGAUAGACAAAAGAAAAACUUGUUGUUAAUUUAUUGAAGCAGAUCUUGAUGUUUGGAAAUGAUCUCAUCAAAUAAAACAUGAGAAAUUAGUUACUUGGUAGCUAUUCAAGAGUUGAGAAAUAGCUUAAAGUUAAAUCAAAGUCAAUAAAGUAUUUACUUGAUCUCUAUGGGGAAGAUAUUCCAAAAAUGCUUUAAUAUUUUGUUGAGAACGAAUAAGAAAGCAGCACAAACACUGAAAAGAUUGAUUAGCAAAUAGAGAUCGCAAGUGUUGGAUUGAUUCCUACUCUUUAAAAUCAACUUGUGCUUGGAACAGAUAAUGGGUCAUCAUCAAGUCCUCCAAAAAGAUUGAAUUAAAAAUCUGCAUAGCACCUUGAGAAGGUGUUGAAAGAUAUUGAAAAAAUAAAAAAUAAUGUGACUUUGAAGAAAGAUCAAAAGAAUCUGGAGGAAGAGCUAAAGAAAGCAAGAGAUGAUAAGGCGAAAUCAAUCGCUAAAAAAUAGGUAGAUUAAAGAAAACACUACGAACAUGGUGUAGUACCUAAAUAAAUAAGAAAUUUUUCGAUUGAUAACAAUAAAGAAGCAAACAAGUCAUUAGACAACUAACUUCAAAUUAAAAUUAUAAAAGCAAAGGAUCUUGACGUGAGUGAAAUAGCUCUUGAAGAUGAACAGAGGCUAAUAGUUCCUGAGAUUAAUAGUAAGAAUGAUAAGAAGAACAAUCCUAUUCUUAAGAAACUUAAAAUGUUCUAACUCUAUGAUUUAAGGUUAGAAGAACAGAAGGAUUAAGAUGCUGUCCGAUUCUUUGUUAAGAAAAAUUUAAGAAUCUUCAGAAACUUAUUCAAUAAGUAUGCAAAUACCACAGGUCCUGUAAAUUAAGUAUAAUAGACUUUUGAUCAAUUAUCACAAAAGAAUUCACUUAUUACAGUGGCUGAACUCCUUAAGAUGCUUAAAGAAUUCUAGAUAAAUAACCUUUAAGUAUCAAAAGAUGAUGUUAUAAAUAUGGUUCGACUCAUUAACAUGGAAAUUCUCAAAAAGAAAGAUAAGGGUUAAGCCUCACUUAGUGUUUUGGAAUUUGAGGGUUUUGUAGAAUUUAUGCUAUAGCUUGCCGUGCACCUAUAUAGCUUCAAUGCUUAACUUAGUCCUUAGCAGUACUUCUAGUAACUAUUUGAUUAUCUUAAGUUGAUAGCAAAUAAGAAGGGAAGUAGUAAUGCUAAAUUAUUCGAUGAUCCUAAUCAGAUUCAAAUAGGAGACUCAAAACUCAUACAAGAAUUAAACAAGAGGCUUUAAAAGGAUCCGAACUAUCAGCUUCCAGAUGGUUUCACAAAAGUAGUUGAAAAGGAAGUUGUGGAUCUUUAUGUAAUACCGCCGCAAUUUCCAAUAGAUGAAUCUCAAAGAGUAGUUAUUGAAGUAUUAGAUGGAUUCUUGAAUGAUGUCUUUGGAUUCCAUUUCUUAGAGCCAAUGUCUGAAAUCAAAGAGAUCGCAAGAGCAAAGCCUAAUCUGAGGAUGCAAGCUAAAGAUAAAGUGAUUCAUGAAUUGAACUAAUAAUAAAAUCUCAAAUCUAAUUAUGGGCCAACACCAGUGAUUCCAAGUAGAAGAUCAAGAUAAAAUAUUAGAGUUAGCAAUUCAAUCGAUGUUAAUCCUAUAAAACAAGCUAAGAUGAGCAAAUUAGCUCUCGAAAAACUAGGAGUAAAUAACUCUAUCAAUAAAUCAACAUUUAAAUCUCCAAGAACUUCAGUGCCUCAUAUCUCUAAACCGAAUCUAGGAAUAGACCUUAAAUUAGAAGUCGCCAAAGCCCCAGCAAGCAUCAGGCAAGUAGUUUUGGAAACUGCUUAUGUCAUGGAAGAAAUACUUUACUCAGUUGAGAAUGGCUUAGAUGAACUGCCACCACCUAAUUUCUAAUAGCAAUAAAAACGUUAGAUUCUCAAUAGGGUUAUGGAAGACAAAAUUAAGAAGCAAGAGAACGAUGAAAAGUAGAAGCAGCUUGAUAGAUAAAAGUUAGAAUUAAGAAAGAAAAUGUUAAAAGACUAAUUGGAUGUAAUGAGAGUGGAAAAGGAUGCAAAGACAAAAGAGGAUGUUGAAAAGAAGAAGUAAUAAGAGGAAAAAGAAAAGCAGAGAGCAAUUAGAAAAUAGCAAAAGCAGAGAGAAGACAUACAAAAUAUGAUGAAGGAUUUAUAACUCAAAAAAGAGGAAAAAAUGAAGAAAGAAGAAGAAGAUAAAAAGAAGGAAGAGGAGAAAAAAGUUAAAAAGAGUUAGAGAGAGCAGAGCAAUGUUAAGCAAAAUUUGAAAGAUAGAAAGAAAAAGUUAGAUGAGGAAUUUAAAAAGAUUGCUGAGGACAGAAAAGCUAGUAUUUAGAGAGAAGAAGUCGACAAGGUACUUAAAAAAGAAUAAGAUAAGUAAAAAAGCAAUCAAAUCAAAUAGCUCUAUGCUGAGACCAAGAACAAAGCCAAAGAAUUAAAGGAAAAAUAUCGCUAAGAAUUCGAUAAUUAUAGUAAUUCUCCAGAAGUAAGAGAAGUAUUCAAUUUAUAUGAAAAAGCAUUGCUCACCUAAUUUGAGCAGUAUUGUAAAAUGGAUUCAACCGAUGUCACAAAGCUAUCGUAUAACUCAUUCCUGAAACUUGGAAAUAAACUAUCCAUUACUCCAACAAUAAUCACAUCCUAGGACUACAUUUAUAUCUAUAAAACAAUCAUGAGAGCGAAGAAGGAAAUAUCUUUACAAACACCUAACGAUUCAAUCAGUGAUGCUGACGGAACAAAACUAAACUACAGUGAGUUUAAGGAAGCGCUAAUAAAAAUUGCAUGUCUUGGGAAAUUCAAAUUAGGAGGUCUUAGUGGUACUGAAGAGGAUAUGAAGGAAAAAGAGGAAAGACUUAAGGAUAAAUUUAAGUUGGCAGUAUCGAGUGUUGGAAUAGCUAAAUAAUUGACUAAAAAUAAGAUAGAUUAAUCUUUGAACAUCAGUGUCACUAGUGAUUAAAAAGAAGAGAAGGACAAAAUACAAAAUGCCUUGGGAGGAGGUUCAAUUUUUGAGAAGGCCUUUGAUGUUUCAGAUAUGACUGGACAGACGAUUGAAAAUUUACUGAAGCAUAUCGGAGUAAAGGAAGCUGGUUUUUCUAAGAUGAAUACAAUGAAUCGAAAUAAUUCAAUCAGACAAAGCAAAGUCUAGAAUAAUUUAAAGAAUCAAGUUUAUGAUUCAAUAAAUGAAAGAGAGAACUUCAAUGAGUCUCAACUUGAACAACUUGAAGAGGAUGUUAACUUAUGA